AUGGCGGACGGAGACCUGUGGCGCGACCGCAACAAGGUGUUCGUGGCGGGGCUGCCCUCGCACGUGGACGACGAUGCGCUCUACGAGAAGUUCAAGUCGUUCGGCGAGAUGCACCAGUCCAAGGUGGUGUACGACCAGAAGACGGGUCGCUCCAAGGGCUUCGGCUUCGUGACGUUUUGCGAAUACUCUAACGCGCUGGACGCGGUGGACCAGCUGAACCAGUCGAAAUGGGACAAACGCACCUUAAACGUGCGCUUUUUGCAGCCCAAAAAUGGGUCUGGUGCUAACGCGGCAACAGUCUCUAACCGGCCCGCCAAGGUCAUCGGACCGCGCCCUGAGGGCUGCACUACCAUCUACGUGGGCAACCUGGCCUAUGACAUCACGGAGGAGGUGCUGAGGAAGGUCUUCGACAAGUGCGGCAGCAUCCGCGCCGUGCGCUUCGCCGAGCACAUCCAGACCAAAGAGUUUAGAGGGUUUGGGUACGUUCAGUUCCACGAAGAAGGGCCGUGCGAGGCGGCCGUCAAGCUGGACGGCAUGGUGGUUAUGGGACGACCCAUGAACAUCGACUACGGCGCCAGGGACGAAGGAUACGCACAGGCGCGCGAGGAGUUGCAGAAGAAGCUGAAAAAGGGUAUUUGCCACAAAUUCCAGCAGGGACAGUGUACCCGUGGAGACGCGUGUAAGUUUGCCCACGUGAUGCAGGACCAAGACGCUGAAGAGCUGGUGCAGCCGGCGGAGCGACCGGUUAGUGGAAUUGCCACCCCCGGCGCGUCGUUAGGUGCUGCUGAGGCGAAAACUCCCAAGGCUGAACCCACCCAGGCCACGUCGGACGCACCCGUUUGCAUUAACUUCCAAAAGGGUAAAUGCCAACGUGGUGCUGCGUGCAAAUUCCAGCAUUUGCAUGGAAAUGGGAACGAUGAGGAGACGCAAAACGAGGAAAACGGGGAAGUUGAAGCAGCACACGAAGAAGAAGAAGAGAAGGAAGAAGAAGAGGUUCCGGAAGAGGAGGAGACGCGCGCGGAGGAGGGAGCGCCCGUGUGUCAGAACUACCAAAAGGGCAAGUGCAAACGUGGCUCGGCGUGUCGAUUCCGUCACGUGGCGGCGCCUGCGGGAGGGUACAAGGAGCCUGAGGAGGACGAGUGGAAGGCACCCGUUCGUGUGGCGUUGCCGGUGGCUGCAGUCGCCGAGGUGGCGGUGUGUCGGAACUUCCAGAAUGGCAGGUGCAUGCGUGGAGCGUCCUGUCGUUUUGCCCACACGGGUCAAGUGGCCCAGGAGGCCCCGGCCAGCGCCGUGGAAGAGGUGAGCGAGUACCAGAAGCGGUUUCAGAGCGUGUGCUACAAUUGGCAGCGCGGCGGCUCGUGCGUGCGUGGCGACAACUGCUCGUUCCAGCACGACGGAGCCCCCUCUGAAGCUAAGACUGAAAGCGUGGAGAAGAAAUACAAGAAGGAGAAGAAGAGGAAGAUCGAAGAGGAGGGACAACAACAAGAAGAAAGCGAAGAGGAGAAGAGGAAGAAGAAGAAACACAAGAAGGAGAAGAAGGAAAAGAAGGAGAAAAAGCACAAAAAGGAGAAGAAACACAAGAAAAGCAAGGAUGCGGACGAGAGCGAUUAG